CGGAAACGACGGGAGUCGGAUCCUAGCGCACGUCGUGGGUGCAUGGACAAGUUGAGUGGCGGCAGCCAGUGGUGCGGCCGGGAGCCUGUUGGCGAGAUCGGACACCCCGCGAGCUACGCGGAGACCUCCUCCCGCCGGGUCUUGUUUCUUUCCAUUGCAGUAGUGGACCACGACUCGCGUGAGCCCUUCGAGACCCAGCUUCUUCUCCCAGCUGCCGCCCUGUGUCGGCGGGUGGUGGUGGCGUGGUCUCGGUGAUUGUGUGGGGAGCCGACGGGUGUUCGGGUUCCCACCGGCCCACGUCCCCUCUACGUGACCAGCGCCCCAAGAGGAGGCCGGGAUGUUUGUUCUGGUAGAGAUGGUGGACACGGUGCGGAUCCCCCCGUGGCAGUUUGAUAGGAAACUCAACGACUCCAUUGCCGAGGAGCUGAACAAGAAAUUGGCCAACAAGGUCGUGUACAACGUGGGACUCUGCAUCUGCCUGUUCGACAUAACCAGGCUGGAGGACUCCUACGUGUUCCCGGGAGACGGCGCAUCCCACACCAAAGUGCAUUUCCGCUAUGUGGUAUUCCACCCGUUCCUGGACGAGAUUCUGAUCGGGAAGAUCAAGGGCUGCAGUCCUGAAGGGGUGCACGUCUCCCUAGGGUUCUUCGAUGACAUCCUCAUUCCCCCGGAGUCCCUGCAGCAGCCUGCCAAGUUCGACGAGGCGGAGCAGGUGUGGGUGUGGGAGUACGAGACAGAGGAGGGAGCGCAUGACCUGUACAUGGACACAGGCGAGGAGAUCCGCUUCCGGGUGGUGGACGAGAGCUUCGUGGACACCUCGCCCACGGGGCCCAGGUCAGCUGAGGCUGCUGCUACCAGCGAGGAGCCGCCCAGGAAAGAGGCCCCUUACUCGCUUGUGGGGUCCAUUAUCGAGCCUGGGCUGGGCCUCCUCUCUUGGUGGACCAAUAGCUAACCUGUCCUGGGCUCCAGCGACCAGCAGUGGACCAGAUGCUGAAGAGUCUGUGCUCCUGAGCUGGCCUGGGUGAGACACAGAGCACUGCCAGCUCGCCUGCCCCACCAACCUGCCCUGAUCCUCCCAGAGUGAUGCCCUAGAAGUCCUGCUAUCCCACAGGCUUUAUUUUUGCAGCCUUGGGGAUUGGAUGCUGGCAUGUGCUCUACCACUGAGCUCCGUCCCUGCCCUUUUUGAGAUGGUCUGACUGUGUAACUGCCCAAGAUAGUCUCAACCUGAGAUCCUUCUGCCUCAGCCUCUGAGUAGCUGGGAUUACAGGCAGAGACAUUAAUGGCAGCAUCAGCAAGAAAGGGCCAUACUCCUUUGUCUCAACAGCCAGUACCAUGACCUAAGGUCAGUAAAUGAACUGCCGCGCUGGACCACAUCCCUUUUGCAAAUGACCACCAACCCCACAAAGUGUUGGCAGGAACAUAAAGAGCACCCCCUCUGCUCAGCAUUUGGGAGGUGGUCACCCGAAGUCAGCCAGCACACUGGACCUGAGGGUGAGACUGUGGGGUUUGCAGGCCCGGAGCACAGCAGGGAUCACAUGGAGCACACUGAUGCCUGGGCAGGGGACAGGAGGUGGCGGCUCCUUCCCACCAGGGAAGCCACACCGUGCCAACACACCAGCAACUCUGGAGCAGACCACAAACAGCAGACACCACGCGUACAGGAGCAGUCCAUGAUAUUUUUCUUGCAAGAACAAAAGGUUCUCUGGGCUCCUGGAGCCGCCAGUCAGAUGGUCAGGCAGAAUAAAAACUGCAGAGGGGAGUGUCA